AUGGACUAUUUUCCAUCCACUAGUUCAUUCACAAUCUUAUUGAGCUUCCCAGUUCUUUUUCUCGUCUUAGCAAUCACUUUAUUUUCCUUUAUCCAAUCCCACAAGAAUGUCAAGCAAUACUCACUGCCUCCUGGUCCAAGAUCAUGGCCUAUUGUUGGAUGCCUCCCGACAAUGCUCCGAAACAAGCCAGUGUACCAAUGGAUACACAAUCUCAUGAAAGAAAUGAACACUGAAAUAGCUUGUAUCCGUCUAGGAAACAUCCAUGUGAUUCCUGUCACUUGUCCUAAUAUUGCUUGUGAAUUCUUGAAAGAACAAGAUGAUGUAUUUUCAUCUAGACCCAAAACCAUAUCCUCUUAUCUCGCAUCAAAUGGGUACCUAGCAACAGUUGUAUCACCAUUUGGAGAUCAGUGGAAGAAAAUGAAGACAGUCAUGGCAAAACAAGUGCUUUCUCCUACAAGACAUCAAUGGCUUCACAAAAAAAGAGUUGAAGAAGGCGAUAACCUCGUUCGUCUUGUUUAUAAACAAUGUCAGGAAUCUGAUCAAGAUGGCAUAGUGAAUUUGCGAUUCAUAUCACAACAUUAUUGUGCAAAUGUUAUUAGGAAGCUGAUGUUUAACAAAAGAUAUUUUGGAGUGGGAAUGGAGAAUGGUGGACCUGGUUUUGAAGAAGAGCAGCAUGUGGAUGCACUCUUCACUAUCCUCAGUCAUUUAUUUUCAUUUUGUGUCUCAGAUUUUCUGUCAUUCUUGACAUGGCUUGACCUAAACGGUCAUGAGAAGGUGAUGAAGGAGAAAGAUAGGAUCAUAAAAAAGUAUCAUGAUCCUAUAAUUGACAACAGGAUUCAACAAUGGAAGGAUGGCAAGAAGAAAGACAUUGAGGACUUGCUUGAUGUUUUAAUAACCUUAAAGGAUGACAAUGGCAAUCCUUUAUUGUCUAAGGAUGAGAUAAAAGCUCAAGUGGAAGACAUAAUCUUAGCAGCAGUGGACAAUCCAUCAAAUGCUUGUGAAUGGGCAUUUGCAGAGAUGUUAAACAACCCUAAGAUACUCGAAACAGCUGUUGAAGAAUUGGAUAGAGUGGUUGGGAAGCAACGAUUGGUCCAAGAAUCAGAUUUUGCACAACUCAAUUACGUCAAGGCCUGCGCUAGAGAAGCCUUUCGGCUGCAUCCUGUUGCACCAUUUAACGUUCCUCACGUAUCCAUGGCUGAUACAGUAGUUGCCAACCACUUCAUCCCAAAAGGUAGUUAUGUUAUUCUUAGCAGAUUAGGGCUCGGUCGAAACCCUAAAGUUUGGGACGAGCCACUAGAAUUCAAACCAGAGCGUCAUCUCACAGGAACAGGGAAUGUUGUGUUGGCUGAGAAUGGAUUAAGAUUCAUUUCAUUCAGCACAGGAAAGCGUGGGUGCAUGGCUGUGACCCUUGGGAGUUCGAUGACGAACAUGCUAUUCGCUAGGCUUCUUCAUGGUUUUAGUUGGAGUUUGCCAUCAAAUGAGUCCAGCAUUGACCUUUCCACCGCAAAAGAUAGCAUGGCUCUCGCUAAACCACUGCUUGCUGUUGCGAAACCACGCUUGCCUGCACAUUUGUACCCUAAAUAA